AUGGCUACAUCGUUUAUUGCCAUUCUAACCAACCUACACAUUGAGUCAGAGGCUUUCUAUAGCGAGCCGAGCACUAGUAGUCAUCAGAAGAAGAGUCCUCUUAAAACGAGCAUACAAGAGAAUUGUUUGACGCCGGAAAAGAAGUCCAAGCGACUCAAGCCAUCGAAGGAGGACUAUGAGAAUGUACAAAUCCAAACAAGCAUUGAACUGACACCCUGCAGCUUGAUUGCUUCAUCCUCAUAUCAGCAUCCCACAUUUCUGCCGGAAAACAUACCCUUACCCCAGUUUGAGUGGGCCAAUUCCACCGAAGUCUGGAGGAUGAUGGUGAAGGCAGAGGAGUACUACCACCGAGAUGCAGACAUGUUUGGGCGACACCCAUCCUUGCAGCCUGUGAUGCGUGCCAUGCUCUUGGACUGGCUCAAUGAAGUCUGCCAGGCGUACACCUUGUCUCGCCAGACCUACUACCUGGCGCUGGACUUCUUUGAUCGGUACUUGUCCACCAAAAGAGACAUCUGCAAGAAGCGGCUCCAACUGUUGGGGAUCACCUGUCUGUUUAUUGCCUCCAAGAUUGAGGAGAUUUUCCCUCCCAAGCUGGACCGCUUUUCCUUUGUCUGUGAUGGUGCUUGUGAUGAUAAGGAGAUUCUCGCCAAGGAGCAACUGGUUCUGAACACCCUCAACUGGGAGCUCUCGCCACUGACGCCCAACUCUUGGCUCAAUGUUUACAUGCAAAUCUACUCAAACAAUGUGCUAAACAAGCCCUGCGACAAGGAGAACGCGCCUGAUCUUUCGAGCGGAGAGCGCUUCCUCUUUCCCAACUUCGAGUCAAAACUGUUUGUACAAAUAGCUCAUCUAAUCGACCUUUGCACCUUGAACGCCGGAUCGCUGGCGUUUCCCUAUUCUGUGAUAGCUGCUUCAGCCUUUUACCAUUUCACCAAUGAGGAUGUUGUUCUUCAGUGCACUGGAAAAACAAUGGAGGAAAUGAGUGCCUGCAUCGAGUGGAUGAUUCCCUUUGCAAUUGCCAUUAAAAAUGAAGGACUCGAAUUUGUCGACAAGCUUCUUGAAGACUCCUCGGACAGGUCGAUCACCAUUCAGAGUCAUACUGUCAAUCUUGAUCUUCUGAAAAGCGCGCAAUCCAUCCAAGCGGAAAUCGAGAGCAAUAAGAUGGCGCCUUUGGACUCUUCUGAUACCGGAGUCGAAACGGGCACAAGCACUUUGACGCCCUCAAAAUUUCCACCCACUCCACCUCGAUCAUAG